AUGAUAAGGCCUGAUAAUAUUGUGACGUAUAACCUACUUGCCACAACUACCACCACCAUUGCCACAACAAUUGAUGUCGUCAUUGCCAUUGCCACUGUCACUGUUGUUUCUGCCAUCGCCACCACCACAUUAACCGCCACCAACUCUACUCCCAUAAUAACCACCACCCACGCCACCACCACUUUUCACUACGACCACCACCACACUACAACGUUGCGGCCACUACAACCACUACCGCCGCCACCACCACCACAACCAACUCCACCACCAUCCUCACCACCUCCUCGACACCCUCCAUUACCGUCAUCACCACUACCAUCACCACCACUCUACUACUACCACCCACCACCAUCACUGCCACCACCACCUCUACUACCACAAACACCACCCUUCGCAACUGUCACCGUCGUUGUCGUCCCUGUCAUCGUCAUUGUCGCAACCACUGUCCCAUAA